AUGGGUGGACGCCAAGAGGUAACGAUUGGAGGCAACAAAUCAUCUUCACUCAGGGAACCACAUUCGCAAAAGAAGGACUCUACUCUGGUAGAUUCAGGAAUUCAAUCCCAUUGCCUUGUAUGUUUGGGCAAGACCAGUUGCCAAGUAGUUCGUUCAAGAACAAAACUGAUGAAUAGUCUAAUUGCAAGAAGGAAGCCACAUGAAGCCCAAUCCAUUUUCAAAAGUUUAGCAGAAGAAGGACACAGGCCAAGUCUUAUAACAUAUACAACUCUUGUAGCUGCCUUGACCCGCCAGAGGCAUUUCAAGUCUAUUCCCUUGCUCCUCUCUGAAGUGGAGGAGAAUGGUCUGAAGCCCGACUCAAUACUUUUUAAUGCAAUGAUUAAUGCUUCCUCUGAAUCUGGAAAUAUAGACGAUGCUAUGAAAAUCUUUCAGAAAAUGGAGGAGAGUGGAUGUAAGCCCACAACCAGUACUUUUAACACUCUUAUCAAAGGAUAUGGAAUUGCUGGAAAACCUGAAGAAUCUUUAAAAUUGCUAGAGCUUAUGUUGCAGGAUGAGAAUACGAAACCCAAUGACAGGACAUAUAACAUGAUUGUUAGAGCCUGGUGUAACAAGAAGAAAAUAAAUCAAGCCUGGAAUAUGGUAUAUAAGAUGGUUGCAACUGGUAUACAACCUGAUGUAGUGACUUACAACACAUUGGCAAGGGCUUAUGCUGAGAAUGGAGAGACAAAUUUCGCUGAAAGGUUGAUGUUAGAGAUGCAGAACAACAAAGUGAACCCCAAUGAGCGAACUUGUGGCAUCAUUGUAAAUGGAUAUUGUAAAGAAGGUAGCAUGACAGAUGCCUUGAGGUUUGUGUACAGAAUGAAGGAUCUAGGGGUGCAUCCAAAUCUUGUUAUUUUUAACUCUCUUAUCAAGGGGUUUCUGGACAUUACAGACACUGAUGGAGUUGAUGAGGUACUAACAUUGAUGGAAGAAUUUGGGAUGAAGCCAGAUGUGAUAACAUUUAGCACCAUAAUGGAUGCAUGGAGCUCGGCAGGGCUCAUGGAAAAAUGCCAGGAGGUCUUCAAUGACAUGAUAAAAGCUGACAUAGAACCAGACAUCCAUGCAUUCAGCAUUCUUGCAAAAGGCUAUGUGCGUGCUGGUGAGCCUGGUAAGGCUGAGUCACUUAUGAUUUCCAUGGGAAAAUAUGGUGUGCAUCCAAAUGUUGUAAUCUUCACAACCAUCAUGAGUGGGUGGUGCACAGCUGGCAAAAUGGAGCAUGCUUGGAGUAUCUAUGAGAAAAUGUGUGAAAUGGGCAUUGCCCCCAAUUUGAAAACUUUUGAGACCCUAAUAUGGGGAUAUGGAGAAGCUAGGCAACCAUGGAAAGCAGAAGAUUUGCUCCAUAUAAUGGAAGAGAAGGGUGUUAUUCCUGAGAAGAGAACUCUCCAGCUUAUCGCCGAAGCUUGGCGUGUGAUAGGUUUAAUGACCGAGGCCAUGAGAGUCUUAAAUGAUUCAGAAGAAGAAAGGGAAGUGGUACAAAAUAAUAGGAGGGACAAGGUACCCGAGCAGAGUUUGGAGAUGAUUAAUAGGAAACAAAACUUAAGUACUUCUCAUCCUAAUGUUUUGCCGAUACCUGGAGUAGUUGUUUCUGAUAACGGUGGAUCUGCUGCCAACAUAAGAGGUCAGAUGAUUUCAAGAGGAUUUCAGUUUUCAUCUGACAGUAUGCAGAAUGCUACUAAAACCAUGUGUCUUGCUCAUACGUCUGCAUUUAGAGUGCAACCACUGAUCAUAUGUAGGAGGCAGUUUCAGACUCAAGUUGGGAUGUGCAGGCAGUUUGUAAAUACACGUCCUGUGGUGUAA